UGCCCAUUUCCAAACAUUAUUAUUCCAUUAUUAUAACAAACCAAUUCCACUUCCCCAAAAUGGCUUUUGAUUUCUUUUUUUCCCUCUGAAAAAUUAAAUCCAUUAUUUGUUUCAUUUUGUGAAAAAGAAGAAGAAUGAGGCGUAAAAUGGAGAGAUUGGUUCUUCUUCCUUUCUCUGUGGGAUGUAUCUCUGAAACAAGUGUUGCUGUGGGAAUUCAACACAAUUCAACAACUUCAAAACCCCAUCCUAUCUCUUCUCCCACAUCAAGUCUUUCUUCUAUCUAUUUCUCCUUAAUUUCUUUUCUUUCUUUGCUAUCCAUGCAUGUCGUCUCCAUCACAGUCAGAGUUAAGGAUAUUUUUCUUAGAAGAAAAGGUGAGAAAGAUGAAGAUGGGAAAGAAGAAAUUGGUUGUGAAAGUUUAUUAGAGGAAAGCUUGAAGAAUUCUCAAAGGUUCACAGCACUUGCAAAGCCUAAUAUUGGAGUUGGCUUUCAUAGGCUUUACAAAGGUUUCAAGAACAUCUCUCAAUUAUUUGUGUACAAAGAAGAGAUGGAAGAAAUGGAGAUGGAAAUGGAAAUAGGAUCUCCAACAGAUGUGAAGCAUGUGACACACAUAGGAUGUGAUGCCACAACAAGAGAAGAUGCUGCCAAUUCUUUCAUUGCUUGGGAAACUCUUCUAGCUUCUUCUUCUUGGAGGCAAUUUGAUGAUCAACUUUCAAACCCUAAGCAUUUACCUAAUAUUCUUGGUCACUCCAUUUGAAAUAAUACUAAUACUAAUAAUAUAACAAUAAUCUCUCCAUAUAUAUAUAUAGUAUUUCAUCACUACUUAUGUGCAAACAAAUGUAUGGUGUUCUUGUUUUCAUUUUCUUUUUCUUUUUCUUUUUAAUGCAUGUGUUUGAUGAUCAUGGCAUUCAUAUGGAGAUAUAUGUAUAUUUAAUCUCUCUACAACAUUUUUUUUUUUUUAAUUUUGCUAAUUUAUGUAUAAAUGGUAUUCCAUGAUUUGCGUGGCA